AUGUCGAAUACGGUGUCGAAUUUGUUAGAUUUGAUAGUGAAUUUAUUGGAAACUGCCACACAAAAUAGUCAAAAUGAGGCGAUUCGAAAUGAGGUUCAAGAUUCGCUGAGAACUUUGGGACAACACAAACCAGAUAUUCUUCUGUCCGCCUGCCAUCAAUAUUUGCUACAAAAUCCAAAGGUUGGUGAUAUUUCGCAAGAAUUCUAGUGGUUGAAGCCAAUUUUUUCGGCUAAAGUUGUGAAAUUUUCCUAAUUUCAAAAUAAAUAAAUCCACGUGGCAAAAAAACGAUAAACCCUACUGAAAACAUAUUAAAAUUAUCAAUUAUUCUGCAGCUCUCCGGCAUCAAACGAUCCUUCAUCCUGAACUCAAUUUCCUUUUGCGUCGACAAUUCAAAAACCAUCAAACUCGUCGAUGAGCAAUUAAUCAAUCUCAUAAUUAAUUUGGCAAUUCAGGAAAUGAAUCAGGCAAAAGAAAAUGACGUGGAAUGGGCCGAAUCAUCCAAAGAUAUUCUAGUCAGUUUGGCAAAAACUCAACGAUUUCAAAAUAAUGUUAUUGAUGCGAUUUUGGAUAAAUUUCCGCCGGGAAGAACGACGAGUCCACAUCGAUAUAUUGUUUUGGCGAUGGCUACGAUUGCAGAGCAUAAUCGUAAGGAUUUUGAGGGAAUUCGGGGCGAACAAGCAGAAAAUGGAGCUCGUGAAAAUUGAACAAAAUUGACCUAAUUUCUAUGAAAAAAUAUGAUUUUUGACCUGAAGUGAACUGAAAAUGCUCCCAAACUACUAUUUUUGCAGCUUUCGGUUUGGUGCCAUUUUUGACGGAUAUUUUGUCACGAACUGUUCCACUUUUACAACAUAUCAGAACUGAUGCGCUCAAGUGAGUUUUUCUUUCCGAAGAAAUUUUGCCGGAUCAAAAUCAUUUUCCCACAUUUUUCUAUCAAAAUACUCUGAAACAGUGGAUUUUUUGGUUGAACAAAAUUGUAAAGAAAAUUAUGAGUAAAAAAGGGCAUAAAAAAUUAAUUUUUCAUUUUUUUUUGAAAGGUAAAGAGAGGCAAAUCAAAAUUGUAAUUCUCAAUUUUUUAAAUUAUACAUUUUUGAAACAGUGACUUUUUUUGAUGUUGAAAAUUCAGGUAUUUGGAAUUUUUUCACAAUUAUAGACCUUUAGGAAGUUGUUAUCAAAACUUAAUUUCUAAUUUUUCAACAUUUACACGUUUUGAAACAGUAAAAAUAUCAAUAUUUUCCAUCAAGAAAUCUCCUAUUUUUCCGCUCAAAAAUCAAAUUCCAGAAGUGCAUGGGCUCGAGCAAUUUGUGCAUUUUGUGAAGCUGUUCGAGAAUGUGAAACCGAAAGACCAAUUGAAGCUUGCGAAGAAACAUCGACAGCCACAAUUAUCGAAAAUUCACAAGAAGUUUCGAAUCGAAAAACGUAUGCUGAUCAAACUGAAGCAGUUUAUGAUGUGAUUUUUGGAUGGAUUUAUAGUAAAGAUCCGAAAGUGAGCAGAAUUUGGGAGAAAAUUGAGUGUUAGGAAAUCUUUGUUUGGCUAAGCCCUAGAAACAAAAAAAAAUGAAAACUGUCAACAUUUUAUAAAGCAUACUAAAACUUCAAAUGCUUAGGUUAAAAUUUUAUGAAUGUUCCUAAUCUCCCCACCAUUUCUACCCGUCCCACCUCAAAAAUCAAUAUUUUCCAGACUCGCGCUGAAGCAUCCGAAUGUAUUGGUCAACUUUGCCUAAUGAUUCGACAAACUCGAUUAAUCGAAGAUGUCAAGAAAAUCGUGACAAAUCUUCUUCCUCUCUACAAAAAGUCUCCCAACGAAUCACAUAUGAUAACUCAAGGAAUUUGUCGAUUUUUAGAAGCUGCUUGUUCAGAUGACACGUGUCCAUUAGAACCAUAUUUAGAGGAUAUUUUGAAUGCUUUAUUCCCAAAUGCUUGUUUGGAUCCGGAUGAUACAACAGUUACCCUAAGUGUUCAAGCCAUCAAAAAUCAUUCGGAAGCUUUUCGUUGUUUUCAUGUAGCGGCUUCGCGAUUUGCUGAUAGAAUUGUCUAUUAUUUACUGCAUAAAAUGCAAAAUGUGGCGGAUAAUCAGAAAUUGGGAGCAAUUAAUUUGUUGAGACAUUUAUUGAAUAGUUCGGGUAAGUAAGGGGAAAACAUUUGCGAUUUUCAAACUUCGGACCCAGAUCCCACGUGGAUUUUCGCCCCAAAAUACAAUAUUUGUAGGUCAACACAUGGAAGACAAGCGCUCUCUUCUGAUGAUGGGUCUCAAAAAACUGCUGGCCGCCGAAAACACAACCAGUAUUCGAGUGAAAAGAGCAACUGUUCAAUUAUGCGUAGCCUUGGCUGAUCAUGCAUAUGUCGACGCAGAAGGCGGUGAUUGUGUCAUUGCAUUUCUUGUCAGGAAUUUGGUGGCACCAACAGAUCAAAUUGAUAUUGCCGGAACGAAUCAGCUACGAACACAAUGUGCGCAAGCACUGCAUACAAUCGCAUCGACUUGUGUUUGUGCAAACAAGCUACUCUGGCCUUAUUUGUUGGAAUUCAUAUGUCUCGAAAAAUAUACCCCGGUUGUUGGAGAUCUUUGUAAAUGCAUCAGAACUCUGCUAAAUCGCCAAGAUUUUCAAGAUGUUAUUGAUUUUAAAGAGGGAUUUGAUAAUGAACGAGUUGCUGGACGACACGCUGUUUUUGCUCGCCUUUUUACAUGUUUGGCAAAUGCGCCAACAAAUGGAUUAUUGACUAGAAGAGCGAGAGAAGCUGGAGGACUUAUUAAAACACUCUCGACAUGGUUUCAUCCGAGUUUGGUGCAAAUGGCCGAAAAAUGGGUGGAGAAAUUGGAGCCGUUGUUGGAUGGUGAGCUUUUGGAAGGGUUUUAUCGGAACUAGAGAUCGGAAAUUUUCAGUUAGAUUUUUGAUUGAAUUAAAAAAAAUAAUUUUUAUUCUAAUAAAUCCCGUAAAAACGUGAACUUGUGACGUGGCACUUUAACAAUUUCAUUUUUCAAAUCUAAAAAAAAAUUGUUUUCAAUUUUAAAACGUGACCUAUUUUGCUACGAGAAAAAAAUGCGUUUUCUUCUCAUUUUUGGAUUCUUGGAGCAUUUGAAAAUUGUGAGUUUUUAGAUUUCUUUUCUCAUGUUAGAAAAUUUAAUUUGAAUUUCAGGAUUCUGAUUCUUCUUAUAAAAUAUUUCGGAGUCUAAACCUUUAAAUUACACAUCAUGCUAGCAAAUAAAAAAAAUCAAAAAACUUGUGAAUUUUUAAAUAUUGCUCAUAUUAAAGAAUUCGUUUUGAAGCAGAUAAUCAGAGAAUAAACAAUAUUUUUAAUUGGGUUUCUAGGCCACCAAAAUUUCCUUUUCCCAAUCCUCAGCUCGUCUUUUCGAACCUCAAUCAUCUUCCAGAAGUCUCUUCAACCUCAGUCACUAGUCCAUCAGGCGAAACUGCUCCCUCCGAACUUCGCGGCCGAAAAAUCGCACGUUGGCACGAAGCGUGUCUCGAAUGGCUCGGUCUAUGCAUUUCGAGUGUUCCCGAAGGAGAAUGGCGUCAAGAAAUUGCCGCUGCAAUGGGAAAACAAUUGGAUAUGUAUAAAGAAAUGGCGGAUGAGAAGGCUUUUUUGCUGAGAUGUUUGGGUGUAGCAUUGUCGAAAAUUGCCGCAAAACAAUUUGUCACCGAUCAUUUUAUGUUGAUGUUCAAAUCGACUACUCAUUCGAAUCCUAUUGAACGACAAGGUUGUGCGAGAGGAAUUGGAGCAAUUGCCACGUGUCAUAUUGAUUUGGUAGGACAUUUUUUCUAACCUUCCUACCCAUCAAAUAUUUUUGCAGGUCCUAGUCGAACUCGAAAAUGUGAGCAAAUGGGAACACGCGAAAAAAUCGACUGGACUGUUUGGUUUCAUUAAAGACACAAUGCCAAUGCGACAAUAUCCAGAUAUUGAAAUGGUUAUGCUUAGAUCAACACUUAUGUUAUGCUAUGGUUAUGUUGUAAUGGCUUGUGGAAUAGAUACAGUAACCCAAAGACUGCAAAAUACGAUUAUGGUGUUUCUAAGAAAUUAUUUUGCCAAUAGCAAACAGGAGACUGUUGUAAGAGAAUCAAUGUUGGAAACAAUGCGAUUGAUUGCGUCUGCAAUACAUCCAGCAAGAAUUGGAAAUGAUUGGAAAUUUGAGGCGAGAAAUGAAUUGUUGGCAUAUGUCAAGGAUUAUUUGACAGGAGAAACACCGGAAAUGUUGACGAGUUCGUUGAGAUUGUUGGCGGCAAAAGCGACGGCCGCGUUGGUGUGAGUAUUUUAGGGUGGGAAGAGGGGAGAAGCAGGAAAAAUAUGCAAUUUGAUUUUUUUCUGUGCCAAAAAUCCACUUUUAAAGGGUUGGUGCUUUCCUGGUGAAAAAAUCGUCUGCAAAAAGGCGUCACCGUGUUAUUUUCAAAGUUGUGUGCAAACACACACACAAAAAUUCAAAAACAAGUUGUGCGCUAGAGCGCAUUUACAUGCUUUAUUUCGUAGGUUUUAACUCGCUUGUGUUUUUGAGGAAAAACAUGGGCUGAAUUGAUACUAGAAUUUUUUCUAAAACUGGAACCUUCCAGGAGCACCUUAUUCUUAUCUAAACCAAGCAAGAUUCCUUGGCGGAGGACCAACCCUUUAAUUUGCAAUACCGUUCAGAAAUACGAAAAAUUCCAUUUUUCCGUGUUUUUGGCAUCAAUUUCCUUCAAAACUCUUCAGAAAUUAAAAGUGAAUUUUUUGAAACAGUGAUAUUUUGUUGAAUUGACAAUUUACCAAAUCCUCAUGAAUUUUGUUGGAAAUAUUUUGAAACAGUGGAUUUUUUUUGGAACAAUUUUUUUCGAAAAAAAAAUCCCUAAAUUUUUUGCAGCCAACUCGAACCACCGCUUUCUGUCAUUGAUAUCGAUGAUUUGGGACAAAUUCUCACCAAACACGUUUUACCAAUGCACCGUGAAAAAUCGGGAUUGAAAACUGUAAGUGUUUUUUUUAAUUAUUUAAUUCAUUACCCUAAUUAUGAAUCCUAAGUUCCUUAACCUUGUGUGAUUGAUGUAAUCCCAAUUUUGGUUAGACUGGAAUCUUUAAUUAAUUAAUAACUCAAUUAGAUAGACCAUUGAUACUCUUAAUUAGGUAUAUUAUUUGGUUAACUUAAUUUUCCUUAACCUUGUGUGAUUUCACUCUAAUUAAUUACGUCUCUAAUUAGUGUAAUUAAUUACCUUAAGUUUCUUCUUAACUUAUUUUACUAAUUGUUCUAAAGAAUUAAUCAAUUAAUUCAAUUACCUUUCUAAUUUCCGUAAGCUUUCUCAAUUUUAGGUUUCUUUUUUAAGCUCUCUUUCGUUUCCAGGUGUUCUAGGACUCAAGUCUGUAAUAUAAUUACCCCUCCCCCCCCUAAACUACCCUUAUCUGUUCCUAACCUUGUUUAUUUUCUCCCAGCUCGCCUAUGAUAUUUUCGACUAUGCCUCUUCAUCUGUUUUAUCAACAAUUGGAACAGUUUCCGGAAGUUCUCUUGGAUAUUUGCCGACUUCAAAUAUUGCCGAAGGACCCAAUGGAACACCGAUACAUCAGAGAUUUAGAGGAGUCAAGGUUGAUUUUUUAUUCUGGGACAGGGAAAACUAAUUUGGUUUUUGGUUUAUGAUAUGCUUCUACUAAUUUUUCCGGGAUGGGCUUUAUACUUGGAGCAUUUAUUGAUCGGAGAGAAUUCUGUGGUUCAAAAAAAGUUAUGAUAUUUUCACAGACUAUUUUGUUUUUUUGGAAUUCUUCCGAAAUUCAUUUAAAAGUUUUGAAACAAAAAAUAAAAAUUCACUGUUUCUGAAUUUUGAUAUGAUUUUUGAAGAAAUAUAAAAUUAUUGAGUCUUCUCUAAUUUUGACUUUUCAUGGAUUCUUAUCGUGUGGAACUUGCACAGUUUUUUUCAAUUUUUUUUUUGGAAAAUGUGAAAAUUUCAAAAAGUUUGCUGUUUCAAAAUUUUCAUAUGAUUUUAGAAAGGAAAGAAUAAUUGGUGAACAUAUAAUCAAAUCUUUAAAAAAAACUAAUCAGCACUUUAAUCUGAAUUUUUCCCAUUUGAGACCCCAUUCAGUUUUCAUUUCCAGAUUGACGACGAUGAAUCAGCUACCAUAAUGGAUGCCACAGUUCACCAAUACGGUUUGGCUCUCGAACAAAUUGUUCGAAUGUCACCAACCACUCAAACAAUCCUUGUUCUCUUGAAAAUCCUUCAACCAUAUUACGGUAAAUCUGCAGAUCAUGAACGACUUCGAGCCGUCGAUUCGACAGUUUUAAUAUUACGAGUCUAUUAUGAAUGUGCUAAUGAUAUUUCGCUUGGACAUGCAGCCGAUUUUGAACCGUUGAGCUCGUUGUUGGGAAGAUUGGCGCCGAGAUUGGUGGAUUCGUUGGCACAUGUCAGGUUGCAAGCAUUGGCUGCAAUACAUUGGGCAUUGCGAUUGGCCUAUAUGCAUAAGGUGGGUAAUGUUUGGAAAAUUGGGAGAACAACUAGAAUUUCAAUUUCAAAAAUUGAUAAUUUCUUUCAAUUUUUCAGAAUAUAAAUCGAAAUUCAAUAAAUCAUGAGAAAAUCUAUUUUCACUAUUUUCGCAACCCAAGAAAUCCAUUUUCCAAAUUUCAGGGCCAUGGUCGAGACAUGGAUCAAUCACUAUUUUCCUACGCUGAAUUUGUCGAAAAAUAUCUAACUUUUGGCGAAGGAAAACUCGACGGACAAACUGCAAAAUUGGCAAUAAAAGGCAUUGCUCAGAUUAUCGAACACCGUCUUCCACAAUCACAAAUGCAAAUUUAUUUGACAGCCAUUUUUGAUAUGUUAACAGAUAGACAAAGUCAAGUUAGCUCAGCUGCUGCACAAUUAUUGACAUAUUCAAUGCAUUCAAGAGGAUCUACACUAAUUAAUGAGGCUGAGAUUUUGGUGACAACUCUCGUUGGAAAAUUGGCUGAAGUUCAGAAUUGUGUGCAGACUUAUACGGAUGUUUUGGCGGCGCUGGUCGCAUUUGCUGCACAUCAACAACAGGCGGUUUGUGAUGUUAUGUUAAAGCAACCGUUGCCGUAUUCAGAGUGAGUUUUAUGAGGGUUGGGAAUUUGGGAUCUACUGAAAAUUUGGAGCAUUUUUAGGCCGAAUAUUUUCUAUAAAAUAAUUUUGAAAAAACCCCAAAUUUGUGAAAUUUUUGAAACAGUAAAUUUUUUUCUAGCUAAAAUUUUUACUGUUUCGAAAAUUCUAUAUGAAUUUUUGUGAGAAAUUUUAUCGAUAUUAUAUUUCAUCGAUAUGUAGUGAAAUAAACACUGUUUCAAAAACUUCAUUAAUUGUAAUUUUUUGAAAUCUUCUACAAAAAUUAAUUUUAGGAAAAUUAAUUGUUUUUUGUUAUGAUAAUUUCGAAAAAAAACCCGAAUUUGUGAGAUGUUUGAAACAAUAAUUUGAAAUAAUUUUUUUCAACAUAAAAUUUCAACUGUUUCUAAAUUUUUAUAUGUUUUUUUUUCAUGAGAAAACUUGAACGAUAUGAACUCUUUGAAUAAAAUGUCAAAAAUUUCCAGAAAUAUCUCGGAUGCUUGGGAAUGUCUUUCCCGCGACAAACUUCUAUUUGGUGGAAUCCUCGAUUAUCUCAUCGAAUUACUCGGAACAUCUCUAGAUGAACCUUUCGAAAUUGUCGAUUCUGGCGGUGGAACUUCGGCUAAAUUAGUCAAUGUUGAACCGUGUGUUUAUGUAGCUGCAAUUGCUGAAAUAAUCAAAAAUGGUGAGCCGGAAAGUGCUCUGAUGGAAAGGCUUGCGAUUAUUCUCACCUUGUUGAUUCAAUUUAUCUGCUCGGUUUCGGACACACAAUUUCCGGUGAUGCAAAAAGAAGGUGCAAAAGGUGUGCUAAUAAUUACACCCGAAAUUCGAAGAAGUGCUGAAAAACCGGCUGGAAUCGCAGUUUCGACACUGAAGAAUUUGAUGAAUCGAACGAGGAGUAUGACGAUUAUUGAGGAUAUGAAUCAGGCGCGAGCUUGGUCAGAUUGUUUGGAUCGCGAAAUGUUUAUACAGGCGGUAAGUGUUUGGGUGAAUUGUUCAUCGAAAAAUUUAAUUGAACAUCAUAGGUUCCAAAUUUUGCGCUGAUUCAUUAACUUGAAAAUAUUUCAUUUAAAAGUUCCCGAAAUAAUUUUUAAAAUUUUCCAGAUUUUCGUUCUGGUUCGAUCAAUAACUGAACAAAGAUCCGGAUGGAUUCCGGCUCUCGCAAGAGUUGUUGAAGAAUAUGCGACAAGUGAAAGUGAACCGAGAAGAUUGGCUGCGGUUAUUGUGGCCGCGUCGUUGAUUAAAAGGUGAGGAUUUUUUGAGAAAUUAUGAAAAUAGGGGGAAAUUUGGAGGAACUUCUAUAUGUAGAAUCUGGAGAAUGUUUCCGAUUUUUGACCUGGAUCCAUGUGUAGUUUCCAGUUUUCAAAGUGUAAUGUUGACCAGGUUUAGGCUUUAAAUAUUCUGAAACAUAUAUUUUUCUAUGCUUGCAAAUCGACGAAUUAUCGUUCAAAAUAUAGAAAAAUAUUUUACUAAUUUUUUGAAACAGUAAAAAAUUUCUUUGCUGAAAAAAUUGUUGACGUUAUCAGAAAUCCAUGAGACAUCUAUCCAAUUUUUGCAGAACCACAACUGAAAAUGGCGAAAUGAACGAACAACUUCUAAUAAAAUGCAUAAGACGAUUAGAAGAUUCUCUAACUGAUCCAAGUCUUCGAAUACGAAAAUUGUGUGUUAAAGGCUUGGGUGAUUUAUCGGAAAGUUCAUCACCAGAUGUAAUUCAAAGAUUUGUUCAUAUGGCUGUUGAAGCAGCAAUGAGUGGAUUAGAUGAUCAUGGAGAUCGAAAAGAUACGGUUGCUAUUGAAAGUAUUGUUGCUUUGAAUAAGUUAGUCGAACUCACAAAUGAUGAACAACUUCGAUCGAUUUUACCGGUUGUUUUAUUAAAAGUUCGGCCAUGUUUUGAAAAAGAUUCGUCCACUCUUCGAGCUGCUGCUUUUAAUUUAUUCGGAGAAAUUGGUGCGCGAGUUGGCGAGAAUUCCGAGGAUUUUCGAUCGCAUUUACAUACAAAUAUUGUUACUUUGUUAUUGCAUUUGAAUGAUGAUUUUGAAGAAGUUCGAGGAAAAUGUGCAUUGGCUGUUUGGAGAUUGGCUGGAUUUUUGAAUUCGAGCAAUGCCGGGAUUUUGAUUGAGAGAGAGUUGAAAGAUGGAAAACAGCCUGCAUGUUAUUCGCAGUUUUUGAAGGAGAUUUCGAUGGUUAUGGUGAGUGCGGGGGGGGAGGAGAACUUCGAAAUUGUGAAAUUUUUUAAUUGGGAAUGCCAAAAAAAGUUCUGAAAUUCAUCAAAUUUUUUUUUAGAGUGACUCAUUUCCUGAUCGUGUUAAUCAAUAUGCAUUAGCCACAUCGAACUAUUUCAAAAGUUCAAGUAGCCGAAUUCGAUCGAAUGCCGCAAUUUUGACCGGAUUUUUUAUUGGAAGGAUUGAGUGCACAAUUAAGAGCCACAAUUAGCAAGGAUUUGAUUUUUACUGGUUAGUUUUUUAUCGACUUUUUGGGAAAAAAAUGAGAAUUACUAAAAUAGGAAUUGAAAUUGGGGAGUUUUGAAGUGAAAAUAGGGAUUUUAAAAGUCGUAUUCUUUCGUUUGUGCCCCUCAAAAAAGGUCUGAUUUUUGUAGGUCUUGUUGGACUUUUAAAAGAUGGCGAGGAUCAAAAUGUGAUAAUUUCGGCAACGAAAGCAAUUUCUAAUUUGCAUGAUUUUAAUUAG